AUGCCUCCCAAUGGGGCUAUCAAGGUGCUGCUGACCCCCAUGAACUGUGGGCCGGCCAAGAGCACAGGCAGACGCAGGAGCUGUCCCUGUGGGCAGCCGUCCGCAGGGAACAUGCGCUGCUUUGUCCAGCCAAGGCGGCCAAAUCCUGGGAAUCAGAAAGAAAAGCUGUGUUUGGUGCUGCUGGAACAGCAUUCACCAACAGUUCCAGAAGUUGUUCUGUGCGGGGCUCAUCUCUCCUUGCUUGGUUGCUGCCACUUGAGGGGGGAUGUCCCCUCGUUCUCACCACCCCCCGGCCUGUUAGAGAGCGUCUUCCAAUACAUUGAUCUCCACCAGAAUGAAUUUGUGCAGACGCUGAAUGAGUGGGUGGCCGUUGAGAUUGACGCUGUUCAACCCACACCUCGCUUCAGACAGGAGCUCUUCCGAAUGAUGGACGUGGCUGCAGACAAGCUCCAGAGCCUGGGGGCCAGUGUGGACGCCAUGGACAUGGGUACCCAGCAGCUGCCUGAUGGUCAGAGCCUUCCCAUACCUCCCGUCAUACUGGCUGAACUGGGGAACAAUCUGAAGAAACCCGCUGUGUGCUUCUACAGCCACUUGGACGUGCAGCCUGCUAAACAGGAGGACAGGUGGCUCACAGACCCUUACACACUGACGGUGGUGAUGGGAAAACUUUACGGACGAGGAACAAUGGACAAAGGCCCUGUGUUAGCUUGGAUGAACGCUGCAAGCGCCCUCAGAGCCCUGGAGUAAGAUCUCCCUGUGAAUAUCAAAUUCAUCGUUGAAGGGAUGGAAGAUGCUGGUUCUGUUGCCCUGGAGGAACUUGUCAAAAAAGAGAAGGACUGAUCCUUCUCCAGCAUGGACUACAUCGUAAUUUCAGAUAAUCUGUGGAUCAGCCACAGGAAGCUGGCACUCAUUUUUGGAACCGGGGGAACAAGCUACUUCAUGCUGGAGGUGAAAUGCAGAGAUCAAGAUUUUCAUUCAGGAACCUUUGGUGGGAUCCUUAAUGAACCACUGGCUGAUUUGGUUGCUCUUCUAGGUAAUGCUUUAUUUCAUGUAGCCUGGUAGGUUCGUCCUGAAAUCUAUGAGCAGGUGGCUCCUCUUACAGAAGAGGAGGAAAAAAUGUACAAAGCCAUCGAUCUGGACCUGGAAGAAUACCGGAAUAGUAGCCAGGUUGAGAAAUUUCUGUUUGAUAGCAAGGCGACAGAGAUCGGGCAAAGAGGGGCACCCAUCAGUCGGGAGUGGCUUGGGCAGGUGAAGGCAGCAGGGCACGGGGAGAAGGCUCCUGCUCUGAGACGCAAGCACACCUUGUACUAUGGUUCAGACAUUUCUCAGGUGAUAAUGAAUUUGUCACUAAUGGUGUCUCAGGUGUAUAGAAGAGGAACGGCGAUGCACCUGUGGAGGUACCCAUGUCUUUCCAUUCAUGGGAUUGAGGGCACAUUUGAUGCGCCUGGAGCUAAAACUGUCAUACCUGGCUGAGUGACAGGAAAGUUUUCAAUCCGUCUAGUCCCUCACAUGAACACGUCCAUGGUGGAAAAACAGGUGACCCAGCAUCUUGAAGAUGUAUUCUCUGAAAGAAAUAGUUCCAACCAGAUGACUGUUUCUAUGGCACUAGGACUACAGCCGUGGAUCACAAAUAUUAAUGAUACUCACUAUCUUGCAGCAAAAAGAGCGAUCAGAACAGUGUUUGGAACAGGACCAGAUAUGAUCUGGGGUGGGUAAACCAUUCCAGUUGCCAGUAUAUUCCAGGAGACUCUCCAAAAGAGUGUGAUGAUGCUUCCCCUAGGAGCUGUUGACGAUGGAGAACACUGUCAGAAUGAGAAAACCAACAGAUGGAACUACAUAGAGGGAUCCAAACUAUUUGCUGCCUUUUUCCUAGAGAUGGCUAAGCUGCAUUAA